UUUUAUACAGAAAUAGUACAUUAAGCGUUAAUAAAAGGAGAGAAAUGGUUGACACAGAAAAUCAUUCCAACAAAAAUAACAAUUUCAAUUCACCCCCAAAUAACAACCCCAAUAAUUCCCUAUUAUAUUCUUCCCCAAUUCCAUCAACUUCUUCAUUUCCUCCAUUUUAUUCUUCUUCCAUACCUUCCUCAUCCUCUACUAAUCCUUUUAAUAAUUAUUUCUCUUCUCCUUCUUCAACUUCUCAAUAUUCUUUUGGAAAUCAACAAUUUAAUAAUCAAAAUUAUUCAAAUAAUAAUUCUAUUAAUUUUGCUGCUGCGGCUUUUGCCGCAGUUAUUAAUGGAACAAAUUCAAUUAAUGGAGCGAAUAAUAUUUGUGGAAAUUCUGGGUAA